AUGACCUUGCGCUGACAUUGCCGCACAGCUGUGGGUCAAGUCGCAUUCGCACAAACGAAGUCUAUCCAGAAGUUUGUUAGAUACAAUUUGGCAAGCAUCAAAAUGGCCUUCAAUAAGCUGAGCAUCGAGAAUCUGGAACUGGAGGGAAAGCGCGUCCUUAUGCGCGUGGACUUCAAUGUUCCCAUCAAGGAGGGCAAGAUUACGAGCAACCAGCGCAUCGUAGCCGCUCUGGACAGCAUCAAGUUGGCCCUGUCCAAGAAGGCCAAGUCUGUGGUGCUCAUGUCCCAUCUGGGUCGUCCCGAUGGCAACAAAAAUCUGAAGUACACCCUGGCGCCCGUCGCCGAGGAGCUGACCAAACUGCUUGGCCAGAAAGUAAUAUUUUUGGAUGAUUGUGUGGGCCCCGCCGUUGAGGCUGCCUGCCAAGAUCCUGCACCCGGCUCCGUCAUCUUGCUGGAGAACGUACGCUUCUACCUGGAGGAGGAGGGCAAGGGUGUCGAUGCCAGCGGCGCCAAGGUGAAAGCCGAUCCCGCCAAGGUCAAGGAAUUCCGCACCAGCCUGGCCAAGCUGGGCGAUGUCUAUGUGAACGACGCCUUCGGCACGGCGCAUCGUGCCCACAGCUCCAUGAUGGGCGAGGGCUUUGAAAAACGUGCAGCCGGCUUGCUGCUCAAUAAGGAGCUGAAGUACUUCUCGCAGGCACUGGACAAGCCACCAAAUCCCUUCCUGGCCAUUCUGGGCGGCGCCAAAGUUGCCGACAAGAUUCAGCUGAUCGAGAAUCUGCUGGACAAAGUCAAUGAGAUGAUCAUUGGCGGCGGCAUGGCCUUCACCUUCCUGAAGGUCCUUAACAACAUGAAGAUCGGCGGCUCCCUGUUUGACGAGGAGGGCUCCAAGAUCGUCCAGAAGCUGGUGGACAAGGCCAAGAAGAACAAUGUUCAAUUGCAUUUGCCCGUCGAUUUCGUCUGUGGCGACAAAUUCGCCGAGAAUGCUGCCGUGAGUGAGGCCACCGUGGAGGCGGGCAUCCCGGACGGCCACAUGGGCUUGGAUGUGGGACCCAAGACGCGUGAGCUCUUCGCCGCGCCCAUUGCGCGUGCCAAGUUGAUUGUGUGGAACGGACCACCCGGCGUCUUUGAGUUCCCCAACUUUGCGAACGGCACCAAGGCCAUCAUGGAUGGCGUUGUAGCAGCCACCAAGAACGGCACUGUCUCCAUUAUUGGCGGCGGCGAUACCGCCUCCUGCUGCGCCAAGUGGAACACCGAAGCGCUUGUUUCGCACGUCUCCACCGGCGGCGGCGCCUCCCUGGAGCUGCUCGAGGGCAAGACACUGCCGGGCGUUGCCGCCCUAUCCAAUGCCUAAGCGGCGUCAGAAAUUCAUUAUCCAGGACACUAAUCUCUCUCUGAAUUAAUUGUUAAUGUUAAUGUUGUCAUUGCUGCGCCAGGCACCGCUUAUCACGUAAGACCCCCAAAAGUUCAAUAAUAAAAUAAAUAUAUAA